CAUUGGUCAGCUGCAGCCUGAAGCUGUGUAUAAAGCGCGUGCCAGGAGUUCUGGAGCUGAGAGCGCGUGAGGGCGCAGAGCGGCGCGCGGAGAGAAAACACCUGUUACUGACUGAGCAAGCGGACAAAGAGGAGCGUGUGCUUUCCACUAGUGCUACACACCUGACUACAACUACUUCACACACCCACACAUCCCACUGUCAGGUGGGACCAUGUGGGUCCUGGAUAAGAUCCGAGACUCGGUGGAGACUGGCAUGCUGCGACAAGGAGAAAACGGAGACAAGAAAGGUGUAACUUCGUCCUACAGCAACGUCCUCACCCCUGACAAAAUCCCAGACUUCUUCAUUCCCCCAAAGCUGGUCAGCAGCCCUCCAGAACCUGAGAUUCCUAACAUAAAGCUCAGUGAAGGGUUGCAACCCUCAACUUCUGAGCAAACUAUCAGUAUUGGGAAGAAGAUCAGCAGCCCAAGAAGUCCACGUCUAGUCGCCAAAAUCGCAGGAGACACCAAGAACUUGCUGAAAGCAGCAAACCGUCACAUCAUCCAGAUAGAAAGUGCAGACGAUGUUGUGACUGGAGACACCAAUGCAGACCCUCAGUCGCAGACCGCAAUGUCACUGCCUUAUGUCCCCAAGACUCACACACCUUAUGGCUUUGCAACUUUGAAGGAAAGCCCCCACACUCGUCGUAAAGAGUCGCUGUUCCACUGUGAGCACACCAGUCCCAUCACCUCUCCAAACACCCAGAGGAAGACCCAGGGAAGAGGCAGCGAAGGAGGAAACCACCUGAAUCCCGCCGACUUCAACACCUCUCACAUGAAUCCUUAUCGAUACUUCAGCGGUGGGGAGAGUGACACCUGCUCCUCGGCUGAGUCCUCUCCCUUUAGCUCUCCAUUACUCUCCCGCUCUGCCUCCCUGCUCAAGAUCUUCACCCAUGAGACACAGGCCAAAGUGGUGAAAGCCAAGCGGACAUUCGCUCGCCACAGCUCGCUCUCCACUGAUGAGUGCAGCUCAGCCGAGCCAAGCCCUAAUGUCCAGCGACGGCUUAAUGUACCCUCUGUGCACGGCGGCGCAGGAGUUUCAGACAGCAAGCUCCAUCGAGAGCACACCAUCAGCCUGCACAAAGGAGGGACAAUGAGGAUAAGUGCCAACUACGACUCCAGCACUUCCCGUCUGCUCAUCCGGGUCCUCGCUGCAGAGAGUCUUUACGACAAGCACUUUGACAUCAAGAGCAUCAACUGCUGCGUGUCCAUCUACCUGAACCCGGGAAAGCUGCAGAAGCAAAGGAGCAACAUCAUCAAGAAUAGUCGUAACCCAGUCUUCAAUGAGGACUUCUUCUUUGACUCUAUAAGCUCAGUGCAGGUGAAGAACCUGUCCAUGAAGUUUAAGGUGGUUAACAAAGGUACUAGCCUGAAGAGGGACACACUGCUGGGACAGAGAGAGUUGCCGCUGACAAAGCUGCUCUCUGGGCUUUAAAGUCACAGGACCUGGAGGUCAAAUAAGGCAAAAGCAAGAACACUGACAUUAGAUGUUUGCACUGUUUGUGGUUGUUGUUGUUGUUUUUUUUAUAUACAAAAACAGC